UGGCUGCCAAACGUUCUCAAGGCAAGCUGCAUGCGCCCCAGCCCAGCAAUGGCCAUGGAUGCAGACCAGUGUUUUGUUUUUCCUCCAGAAAUAAUGUUGAUAUUUGGAACCCAUGUCGAACAACUAUGAAGAGAGGGUAACGAUGAUUGCAGCAGGGGAUUUGCAGGAGUUUGUUCCUUUUGGCCGUGACCACUGCAGGCACCACCCUAAUGCCCUGAACCUUCAACUCCGGCAGCUGCAGCCAGCCUCUGAGCUGUGGUCCUCCGAUGGAGCUGCCGGCUUGGUGGGAUCCCUUCAGGAGGUGACAAUCCAUGAAAAACAGAAGGAAAGUUGGCUUUUAAGGAGAGGUGUCAGUGAUGUGGGGGAAGAAGUGGAAUACGAUGAAGAACUGUAUGUGGCUGGCAACAUGGUCAUUUGGAGCAAAGGAAGUAAAAGCCAGGCAUCAGCAGUGUAUAAGGCUUUCACUGUGGACAGCCCUGUUCUGCAGGCAUUGUGGUGUGAUUUCACUGUGCCCCAGGAGAAAUCUGAGAAAUUGGACAAUAGUGAUGAAGUAGUAGAAAAAUGUAUCUGCAUAUUGCAGAGUUCCUGCAUAAAUGUUCAUAGCCUAAAAGGCAAAGAUUACAUUGCUUCUUUACCUUUUCAGGUAGCAAAUGUCUGGCCAACCAAGUAUGGCUUGUUGUUUGAACGCAGCAGCUCUUCCCACGAAGUUCCUCUGAGCCCACCCAGAGAACCUUUGCCUACUAUGUUCAGCAUGCUGCACCCUUUAGAUGAAAUAACGCCUCUUGUGUGCAAGUCUGGAGGUGUGUUUGGCUCAGCCAGAGUACAGUAUGUGGCUGAUUACACACUGCGCAUCGUGUUCCUCAACGAGGAGCCUUCCAUUGUGAUGACGUACGACACCGUUCAGAGUUUGCACGCUGUCUGGGCCCUUCGCCGAGUGAAACCAGAGGAGCAGAACACAGUCCUCAAGUUCCCUGAGCAGGUGGGGACACCGCAGCACGUGGCCGCCAGCAGCUCUUUGACAGCCCAUCUCAGGAGUCUCUCGAAAGGAGACUCCCCCAUGCCGUCCCCUUUCCAGAAUUAUUCCUCUAUGCAUAGCCAGAGCAGGUCGGUGUCGUCACCCAGCGUGCAUUCCCGCUCCCCUUCCAUAUCCAACAUGGCGGCUCUGAGCCGUUCCCAUUCUCCUGCCUUGGGGGUGCACUCUUUCUCCGGAGGGCAGAGAUUCACCUUCUCCAGUAACACCCAGUCGCCACGGAGGCACAGCGUUAGCCACUCUCCAGCCAGCGCUUCCAGCGAGUCCUUCCUCGCUCCAGAAACGGAGCCCAUUGUUCCAGAGCUGUGCAUAGACCAUCUGUGGACAGAAACCGCCAUGACCAUGAGAGAGAAGAAUUCCCAGGCCUCCAAAGUAUUUAUUACCACCGACCUUUGUGGGCAGAAGUUCUUGUGCUUUUUAGUGGAAUCCCAGCUGCAGCUGCGCUGUGUAAAGUUUCAAGAAAGUAACGAUAAGUCACAGUUGAUCUUUGGGUCUGUAACUAAUAUACAGGCAAAAGAUGCAGCCCCAGUGGAGAGCAUUGACACGCUGCUGGUUCUGGAAGGCAAUGGAAACUUAGUGCUGUACACUGGAGUGGUUCGGGUCGGGAAGGUUUUCAUUCCUGGGCUGCCCGCCCCGUCGCUGACAAUGUCGAACCAAAUGCCUCGGCCCAGCACCCCUCUGGACAGCCUGAGCACUCCUUCCAAGCCUUUGAGCAAGUACCUGGGGCCCUUGGAGGAGGGGGUGCUGCUGUCUCCGGUUCCAGAGCUGAGGGAUUCUUCCAAACUUCAUGAUUCCACGUACAUCGAGGAUUGUACUUUCCAGCAGCUCGGAACUUUCAUUCACUCUGUGCGAGACCCUGUUCACAACAGAGUAACUCUGGAACUCAGCAAUAGCUCGAUGGUUAGGAUUACCAUGCCUGAAAUCGCCACCUCGGAGCUAGUGAAAAGGUGCUUACAAGGAAUUAAGUCUAUCCUGCCCAGAGAGGUAGCCGUGCAGAUGCUUGUCAAGUGGUACAAUGCCUACAAUGCCCCUGGAGGACCAAGUUACCACUCCGAGUGGAGUUUAUUUGUCACCUGCCUCAUGAAUAUGAUGGGUUACAAUACGGACCGCUUGGCGUGGACACGUAAUCUUGAUUUUGAAGGCUCCCUUUCCCCUGUCAUUGCUCCCAAGAAGGCUCGACCUUCGGAGGCAGGAUCAGACGAAGACUGGGACUACCUGCUUCACUCGGACUACCACCGAAACCUCGAGUCCCACCCUCUGGCCCGAGCUUUGCGACUGGACCCAGUGGACACUUCGUUUCCCAAAGACGACUUUCCCCCCAGCCUCACCUUGGAUUCCUCAACCCUCCUCUUCACCCACAUCCCGGCUGUUUUCUACGUGCUUCAUCUCACCUACGAGGAGCUGAAACUGAAUAGCCUGAUGGGGGAAGGCACCCGGGCCCUGGUGGUCCUGCUGGUUCAGCUGGCAAGGGACUUGCAGCUCGACGCCUACGUGGAUUAUUACUUCCGGGAGUAUCCCGCGCUGGCACAGAGCCCCCGGCAGACGUGCCUCAUCGACCACGCCCAAACAGGGUUCAUGCACCAUCCCUCGUUUUUUUCUGCGGAGCCUCCCAGCAUCUUUCAGUGGCUGAGCUCCUGCUUGAAGGGGGAAGGAGGCCUGCCGUACCCGUACCUCCCCGGGGUCUGCGAGAGGAGCAAGCUGGUGGUGCUGAGUGUCGCGCUGUACGUGCUGGGUGAUGAGAGCGCCGUUUCGGACGAAGCCUCGCAUUAUUUGUUCAGGAUAACUCCAGGGCAACGAAAACAGCCAACAGAACAAGAUGACGAUCGGUAUAGUUUCAGACAAAGCACGUCUGUUUCCAGCCUUGCGGAAAAGCUGGUUGUCUGGAUGACUAGUGUAGGUUUCACCUUAAGAGAUCUGGAGUCUCUCCCCUUUGGGGUCGCGCUUCCUAUCAGAGAUGCCAUAUAUCACUGCCGAGAGCAGCCUGCCUCUGAUUGGCCGGAAGCUGUCUGUCUCUUGAUUGGGCGUCAAGAUCUUUCCAAACAGGCAUGCGAAGGGAACCUGGCAAAGGGCAAAUCUUCUGUGGCCCAGGUGCUCUCGUCCGAUGGGCCUUCGGGAGCGGAGGCAGAGGAGGAGGACGAUGGGAUGAACGAUAUGAAUCAGGAAGUGAUGUCGCUGAUCUGGAGUGAGGACCUGAGGGUGCAGGAAGUGCGCCGACUCCUUCAAAGUGCCCACCCCGUGCGUGUCAGCGUAGUUCAGAUGCCAGAAGUCAGCGACCACGAGUACAUAGAGGAGAAAGAGAACCGGUUGCUACAGCUGUGCCAGCGGACGAUGGCGCUCCCCUUGGGCCGAGGGAUGUUCACUCUGUUCUCCUAUCACCCGGUCCCCACCGAGCCCCUGCCUAUUCCUAAACUGAAUCUCACCGGCCGGGCUCCGCCUCGGAACACGACCGUGGACCUGAAUAGUGGGAACAUCGAUGUCCCUCCCAACAUGGCCUGCUGGGCCAGUUUCCACAACGGCGUGGCUGCGGGGCUGAAGAUUGCACCUGCUUCUCAGAUCGACUCCGCUUGGAUCGUCUACAACAAGCCAAAAAACGCAGAACUAGCCAACGAAUACGCAGGCUUCCUCAUGGCCCUGGGCCUGAACGGGCACCUCACGAAGCUCGCCACACUCAACAUACACGACUACCUGACCAAGGGCCAUGAGAUGACGAGUAUUGGGCUGCUGCUUGGGGUGUCUGCUGCCAAGCUAGGCACAAUGGAUAUGGCUAUCACUCGGCUCCUGAGCAUCCACAUACCUGCUCUGCUGCCGCCCACUUCCACCGAGCUGGACGUCCCUCAUAACGUGCAGGUGGCGGCGGUGAUAGGAAUAGGCCUGGUGUACCAAGGAACAGCUCACCGGCACACGGCAGAGGUUCUGCUGGCGGAGAUAGGACGUCCCCCAGGUCCUGAAAUGGAGUACUGCACGGACAGAGAAUCUUACUCUCUCGCAGCCGGUUUAGCGUUGGGCAUGGUCUGCUUGGGGCAUGGCAGUAACUUGAUAGGCAUGUCUGACCUGAAUGUCCCUGAGCAGCUGUAUCAGUACAUGGUCGGAGGUCAUAAGCGCUAACACAAGUCUCCGAGCUAUCAGAUAAAGGAAGGAGAUACCAUAAAUGUGGAUGUUACUUGUCCAGGGGCAACUCUGGCAUUAGCUAUGAUCUACCUAAAGACUAAUAACAGGUCCAUUGCUGAUUGGCUUCGAGCGCCUGACACAAUGUAUUUGCUGGACUUUGUAAAACCAGAAUUUCUUUUGUUGAGGACGCUUGCUCGAUGCCUGAUUUUGUGGGAUGACAUUUUGCCCAAUUCCAAGUGGGUUGACAGUAAUGUCCCACAGAUUAUAAGAGAGAACAGCAUAUCCCUUCAUGCGACAGAAUUGCCUUCCUCGGAAGAUCUGAACUUGGAGACCCUGGCGCAAGCUCAUGUCUACAUCAUUGCUGGUGCCUGCUUGUCACUGGGUUUUCGAUUUGCCGGUUCAGAGAACUUAGCUGCGUUUAACUGCUUGUUUAAAUUUGCAAAAGAUUUCAUGAAAUGUUUGUCAGCACCUACUGCUUCCAUAAUGGGCCAUUACAACCUGGAGACCUGUCUGAGCGUGGUGCUGCUGUCUCUCGCCAUGGUGAUGGCGGGCUCGGGGAACCUGAAGGUCCUUCAGCUCUGUCGGUUCCUGCACAAGAAGACGGGCGGAGAAAUGAACUAUGGGUUCCACCUGGCACAUCACAUGGCUCUGGGGCUUCUGUUCCUGGGCGGAGGAAGAUACUCCCUGAGCACGUCGGAUUCUUCCAUCGCUGCUCUCCUCUGUGCUCUGUACCCUCACUUCCCCGUUCACAGCUCUGACAACAGGUAUCACCUCCAGGCCCUGCGGCACUUGUACGUGCUGGCGGCCGAGCCCCGGCUCCUGGUGCCUGUGGACCCGGCGGGUUGUUGGUGCUUACAGGGCACGCAGUGGUAUGAGGAGACCACCGAGGAACUGAUGGCCCCAACCCUCCUCCCGGAGCUUCACUUGCUGAAGCAGAUCAGAGUGAAAGGCCCACGCUACUGGGAGCUGCUCAUAGAUUUAAGCAAGGGGACACAGCAGCUGAAGUCGAUCCUGUCCAAGGACGGCAUCCUGUACGUCAAGCUGCGGGCGGGGCAGCUCUCGUACAAAGAGGACCCGAUGGGCUGGCGCAGUUUGCUAGCCCAGACUGUCACGCACCAGAACGCCGAAACUCGGUCCUUCAAGCCAGAAACGAUUUCUGCUUUCACUUCUGAUCCGGCACUACUUUCGUUUGCUGACUACUUCUGCAAGCCAGCUGUGACCCUGGGCCAGAAGCAGGGCCUCUUGGAUCUCUUCUCCUCCAUUCUGUACGAGUGCGUCACGCGGGAGAACCCAGAGAUGCUGCCCGCGUACAUAGCCAUAGACCAGGCUGUGAGGAGGCUGGAGAGAAAAGAAAUGUCCGAGACCUUCGAGCUGUGGCAGCUAAAGCUGGUCUUAGAAUUUUUCAGCUCCAGGAGCCACCAGGAGAGACUGAGGAGAAACCCAAACCGGGGGCUCUUCAUGAACUCGGAGUUUCUGCCUGUGAUGAAGUGCACUGUUGAUAACACCUUGGACCAGNGUGUUCCAGCCGGAGGGGACGUGUCUCUGCACUCCUACUUGAGCGGGCAGCCUACCGACGCGUCUCAGCUCGGCAUGCUGGCCUGCUUCCUCGUUUACCACUCCGUCCCGUCGCCCGGGCAGCUCUCAGCAGGCGGCUUGGAAGGUGAGAGGGGGGGCGGGGCCGGGCCGCGCGUGCUGUCGCUAGCGGCGUCUGCGAAACCACCAAGGUGUCCUGCGGCACUGCAGAGACUAACCCACUUGUGCCCUGGUAAAGCCGCUGGCCCCAGGCUGCCGCAGGGCUCCUUGGGUUUGGAUGGGUUUGCUGACCUCUCCUGUGAAGAGCAGGGCUGUACCAGGGUUCACAAGAGAACCGGAUACGUUCAUGGGGGUUGGCUCCAUCGAUGGCUGUUGGCCAGGCUGGGCAGGGAGGUGUCACGUGAUGGGUUCCCUCUGGGACACCUGGCAUCAGCCGCUGGUGGCAGACAGGGCGCUGGGCCGGCUGGGCCAUUGGUCCGAUGUAACGGCCGGCGCGCUGUUCCCAGAGGACCGGUGUGUGCGUGUUGGGCACGGCGCGGACGCGGCCCGGCAGCGAUACGAUGCUUCCCACCCUCGCGGCUGGAUAACCCCAGGUGGCAGAUCCCGCAGUCUCGUCGGCUCCUCCUUGGUUACAAAGGACUGUACCUGACCCUCUCCCAAGGACGUGAAUAUCCCGGACGCCAGGGACUGGUCCCCUCUUCCUUAUUUGACGCACAAAAAGUGCACGUGCAUUAUGAUCUGGAACGCAGAGCCCCAUGCUUGUGA